AUGGGGGACAUCUGUCAGGCAGCGACAGCUUCAUUGCUACAAAUAGAUAAAAAUAACACGUUGCCUGACUGGUUCAACCUCCAUCGCCAACUCUGUACCGAUUGGGUACGAGACAAUCCGAAAAUAAUUGGUGGACCUGGUCGAACUGUCCAGAUUGAUGAGAGUCUGGUGUCCAGUAACAAAAGGACAAGGAAUGGAAGGGCCAGGCCAUUUCGGCAGCGUUGGGUUUUUGGCGGCAUAGAUAAUGUUUCCAAAGAAGCCUUCUUAGAAGAGGCACGACAAAAUUGUCUGACAAGUGGGCCGCUUAUGCGAGGUUCUCGGUUCCAAGUUGGAACCGGAACCUCGGUGCCUAGAAACCGUUUUAAGAAUACAAACGGUACUGUACCGGUACCUCGUGUCGGGUUCCGGUACCUUGGUACCGGUAUCGCAUAG